CCUACCACUUUCCACCCCAGUCUAGCUCGUGAGAAUUAAUUUUGCACAACCAAAAAAUUACUCAUCAUGUUUUCAAUGCGACACUCAGCAAGGUGUUAUGUACAAUUAUAUUAUGUAUGAAAAUGGGAAAAGUGGGUGACUGUAAAAAGUCUAAGAUUAUACAGUCAUAAACUAACUAUUAACUCUUCCUCGAGACAUCGAAAAUAAAAAGCAGGACAAUAACAAUCGCCUCACUAACACCGACUACACCAGCUACUGAAAAUAUAAAAAAACAUCAUGAAUUUGUCUGGUGCAUUGCGAAGAACUUAUCUGGUGCCCAAAAAACAGUCUUCUGGUCCUCUCCUCGCAGUCCAACCGCUUUGGAAAUAGCAAUGAAACUAAACUCGUCUCAUUCAAAAGGAAUGUGACCCAUCUCAUGCUCAAGUUUACCAAAUUUAUAACGGUUCUUCACCAGCAAUUAAAAUUUCUACUUAUUUAAACAUUACGUGAGUAACAGUAUUUCACACAUCAAAUAAUAAUACUCGUCUUCAUCCUCCCACGGUAAAAUCCACCUCCACUCGUUGUUAACUUUCACCUUAACUAUCAAGAUAGAGAGAGGAGAGCUUUCCCCUCGUCACGGUGACAAUUCUGAACUUUCGCUACAGCAAAUCAGUUUAGUGUCCAACACUUUCGUAAAUACGACAGUCUGGUCCAUCAGAUACAUCUAAAUGUGCACAUCAUCAUCAAAAUCAUCAAUCAAGUCACAAACCACGAGAACAUUCACAGAAAUUAAUUCAAUUAAGUGCCAAAUCUUCAAUCAUGAACAUACUUCCGAUCAUUACAACGUCUGUUCAACUGAUUCUAACGCAUCAACUUGAUUGUUCCCUUGAUGGAAAAUGUGGAAAUACAAGUGUGAAGAGCUCGAGAGCAUCAUGUGACCGACCGUGUGGAACUGAAGUCUUCUCCAGUAAAAAAAAAAUAAAAUCAAGAGGAAAUCCACCUUUCUCUUAUUCGAGAAUGUACUCAAGGCUCAGUAGGCCGAUGCUGCCCUUCCAAGCAUUUCACAUCCCACCUUCAUCGUAAAUAAAAUGGAAAAAAAUUUGCUCGAGCUUGGGGGUGCAACAGAAGGCGUUGAAAAUAUUGGGAAUGAUCCAAGUGCUCGAUAAUUUUGGACAUUGGAUUGGACUGCAGUUGUGAAUUAAGAGAUUUUUUUUUAUUGUUGUUGGACCAUCAUUUGAUUAGCAAUGGAUUAUAAAAGUGUUUGUGAAAAAAUUAUUGAGAACACGAAAGAGUUCGAGGAUUCAGACAAAGAUGAGAUUGAGAAACGAUUGACUUUCCUUCUGGAGGAGGGAUCCAAAGUUCCAGCGGACUCAGAAGACUCUGCAGUUGCACUUCCUGAUUAUUUCGAUGAUGAGAAAUUUCGAUUGGGUCAAGAAGUCUUCGCGAAGAAUAUAUUCACCAUGAUGAUUGCUAAAUUAUCAGGAUUAUUGGUAUUGCUGGCUGUACCUUCUAUUCUUGAUGUUCUACGAUUUACUAAGCAAAGUGGUACCCCAUGUGCUGCAUUUCGACGAUAUGCUGCAACGAUAUUACACACAUGCAUUUGGUAUAAGAGUAUACCCAAUCUGGGCAUAAAAUUCUUCGAAUCGGUGCUAAAUGUACGGAAGAAACAUUGCAUCGCCUCCCGUCGUUGUUUUGAAGCCGGAAUUGGAAAAAUAUCUCAACGGGAUAUGGCCCUCACUCAAUUCGGCUUUAUGGGAUUCAGUUUACUAUGUGCAAAACCUUUGGGAAUUGACAUGAGUGAUAAGGAAGCCGAAGGACUUCUUCACUUUUGGAGAGUAAUUGGUCACAUGUUAGGCACAGACGAAAGAUUUAAUUUGUGCAAUGGAAGCAUAAACGACUCAAAAGCUCUCUGCAGGAGACUAUUGGAAGCUGUAUUUAUACCAAAUCUUGCCAAAAACACAAAACACUUUGACGAAAUGAGCAAAGCUUUGCUCAAGGGUUUGUGGCCUAUAAAUCCUUUCAUCGAUAUUCAUGCUUAUAAAGCUAUGACGUAUCGCUUGACGUUAACUGCAGUAUCCAAUAAUAAUACUAUUAUUAUUAACAAUAAUAAUGAUAAUAAUAAUUCACUCACCUUUUCUGAUAAAUCCAUGCCCAUUCACAGCAGACUUAUACUAAAUUCGCAGUUGUUCGUUCAUCGAUACCUUCUGCAGACUCGAUUCUGGUGGUCCAGAAUAUUCAGGGCAUUUUUCAAUAGUCUAAUGAGAAUGGCCAUUUAUUUAAGUGAGAAAUUUCCCUUUUUAGCAUAUUGCAUAUUCGGAAGAAAACAAUCGCAUUUUAAUAUUUAUAAAUUCAAUUUUGAGUAACUUCGGACUCAUUUGUCCCAUUUUCCAAUAAUUUUAGUAUUAAAAAUUUCUUAGGGAUUUUAUGAGUAUCGAACUGGUGUCAUGGUGUCGAUGAAAAAAUUGUAAAAUAAAUACUUAUCUUAUUUAA